AUGGAAGAGAAGAAAGACCACGCCGCGCACGUCGAGCGCAGCAGCAACAGCAACAGCGGCAGCGACGUCGAAGUACCGCCCUCCCUUCCCCUUCUCCCUUCCCUUCACCCAGCUAACCCUGAGCUCCAGAAAGCCAGCACCCCUACGGAUUACGAGAAAGCGGCCCCUGCUCUUAUAGAUGAGCCUACAAUCACGCUUGACACGGAUUUUGUUGAGGAUAAGGCGCGCUCGAAGCGGUUGCGAUGGAAGGUUGAUUUGAAGUUUUUGCCGUUGUGCGCGUUUAUUUACCUGCUCAACUACCUGGACCGUGGCAACAUUGGCGCCGCACGAAUAAUGAACGAAGAGACGGGCGACGACAUCCUCCAAGUCACCGGCACGACCACCAAAGGCUACGCCACGGCCAUCUCGCUCUUCAGCGUCGCGUACGCGCUCUUCGAAGUGCCCUCUAACUGGAUCAUGAAGCGCUACGUGCGGCCUUCGCUGUGGCUGGGGUUUCUGCUGUUCGGGUGGGGGGCGUUGACGGUGGGGUUCACGGGGAUUCAGACGUAUGGGCAGGUGGUGGGGUUGCGGUUUUUGAUUGGUGUUUUUGAGGUCAGUCUUGCUAUCCUUCAGAUCCACUUUACUCUACUCGUCUCGAGAGCCGGCUUCUACCCCGGGAUCAUUUACUUCAUCACAAUGUGGUACCCCGUCGAAGAGCGCGCCCUCCGCAUCGCCCUCGUAGGCUCCUCCGCCUCGGCCGCCGGCGCCUUCAACGGCGCCAUAGCGUACGGCGUCGGGCAAAUCAACGGCACGGCCGGGCUGGAAGGGUUCCGGUGGUUGUUCUUGAUCGAAGGCAUAAUAACCCUCGCCUGCGUCCCUCUCUUCAUCUGGUCCGUCCCGGACUACCCGGCCCGCGCGCGCUGGCUCAGCGAGGACGAUAAGAAGUACAUCGAGGACCGCAUCAAGGUGCGCGGGGGCGGGUACACCAAGGCGCAUGCGUCGCGGCAUGAGGUGUUGGUCACGUGCUUUCAUCCGCGGAUGAUGGCGCAUUUUUUCGCUUAUUUGUGCGAUAUGAUUCCGUUGGGGAGUAUGACGUUCUUCGCUCCGACGAUUGUGAAUGGGCUCGGCUACGACUCCCUGCGAGCGAACUUGAUGACCGUCCCCCCUUGGAUCUUCGGCUACCUCGUCUGCCUCUCCCUCGCCUACUCCGCCGACCGCCACAACGCCCGCGGCCUCCACGUCGCCUGCAGCAGCUUCGUCGGCUUCAUCGGCUGGCUGGUCCAAGCCUGCGCCCCCGCGGACGCCUACGCGGUCCGCUACGGCAUGCUGUUCCUCUGCGCCGCGGGCGCCUUCCCCUCGGCCAACCCUUUGAGCGCGUGGGUGACGUGUAACGUGCCAAGUAUUGCGACGAUGUUCAUCGCGACGGCAGUGAAUAAUUCGUUCGCCGGGGUGGGGAGUCUGGUCAGUCAGUGGAUUUGGCUGGAUCGGGAGAAGGAGACGGGGUAUACGACGGGGAAUGCGGUGUGUGCGGCGUGUAGUGCGUGUGUGGUGGUGACGAGUUUGGGGUUGCGGUGGUGGUAUGGGCGGUUAAAUCGAAUUGGGGAGAAGGAUGCGAGGGGGAAGGAGAGGAUUUGGUUGUUGUAG